AUGCCUGGCUUCCUUGCGAAUGGUGAUGACUACUCCAUGAACGCUACCCUCUUUGCCAUGAUGCAAGAGACCUGCCAAGGCAACUUCAAUCGCGAAAACCUAGCCCUUUAUCGCUACCAACGCUAUCAACAGUCCCUUCAAGACAACGGGAACUUCUACUUUGGGCCGCUUUCCCUUCUCCUGUACGGUGCCGCAUCCUUCUUAUACGAGCUCAUGCCAAACGGCAACCACAACUACGCCCCAGACUUGGAGACCAUCUCGAGUUUCUUCGGGGCUGAGCAAGCUGCAGACGGCUCAUGGUUCUUCAACAACAUGGAGAAGAUCCCGGACAACUGGACAAACCGGAAGCUCCCUUACACCAACACGGACGUCACAACGGAGAUCCUCGCACAGUACCUCCUUCACCCUGUCCUCUUUGGUGGCACUACUGGUGAUGGGUCCUUCGAUGCCAUCAACUUUGGUGCUAUCAAAGAUGGCAAGAUAGAUUCCAGUAUCAAUGCAGCGACAACUGCCUGCUUGCUGUAUCAGCUGUCGACAGGCCAGCUCCCGAGCUCGCUGAAUGGCCUCAUCACGCCGACGGUAGAGGCGCUCACUUUCAUUGCUACGAAGGUGUCGCCAUCGUUUCAGAACCUUGGAUGUCCGAUCCCACUGACCUAA